AUGGACUUAGAAGUUUACAUGCGACAGUUUCCCAAAGUUCGUAUUUUACGCUUGGAGAAACGCGAGGGUCUUAUCAGGGCGCGUUUGAAAGGAGCGGCAAAUUCAAAGGGCGCCGUCAUCACAUAUCUCGAUUCGCACUGCGAAUGCCUCGAAGGUUGGAUGGAGCCACUUUUGGACCGAAUAAAAAGGGAUCCGAAAACAGUGGUGUGCCCGGUGAUUGAUGUGAUCGAUGAUAACACCUUCGAAUAUCACUAUUCAAAGGCAUACUUCACAAAUGUUGGCGGAUUUGACUGGUCGUUACAGUUCAAUUGGCAUGGUAUUCCUGAAAAAGACCGCGUUGGCCGUAGGCAUAUCGAUCCUGUCAGGACUCCAACGAUGGCUGGUGGUCUGUUUUCCAUCGAUCGUGCUUUCUUCGAAAGAAUCGGCACCUACGAUCCCGGCUUUGACAUCUGGGGUGGCGAAAACCUCGAACUUUCAUUCAAAACUUGGAUGUGUGGCGGCACUUUGGAAAUCAUUCCUUGCAGUCAUGUUGGCCACGUUUUCCGGAAGCGUUCACCAUAUAAGUGGCGUUCUGGUGUCAAUGUCCUGAGAAAGAAUUCUGUUCGUCUAGCUGAAGUCUGGUUGGACGAUUACAAGAAGUACUAUUACGAGAGGAUCAACAAUGAUCUGGGCGAUUUUGGCGAUGUGAGCGACAGGAAAGAAUUGCGACGAAAAUUACAGUGUAAAUCGUUUAAAUGGUAUUUGGACAACAUAUAUCCGGAACUGUUUAUUCCAGGCGAGGCAGUUGGAAAGGGCGAGAUACGUAAUCAAGGCGCAGUGACGAACGAUGAUCUCCUUCAUUGUUUGGAUAGUGAGGUGGGCGAUGACGUUCAAAAACCGGUGGGAGCAUAUCCAUGCCACAAUAGUGGUGGUAACCAGAUUCGGAAUCAAGGAGGUGGAGCGAAGAACUGUUUAGAUUGGGUACAUGGGCAGCAAAGGGCAACGGUGGGCCUGUAUUGGUGUCAUAAGCAGGGCGGUAAUCAGUACUGGAUGCUUAGUAAAGAUGGUGAAAUAAGAAGAGAUGAAUCGUGCAUCGAUUAUGCGGGUGCUGAUGUGAUGGUGUACCCAUGUCACGGAAUGAAAGGCAACCAGGAAUGGAGAUAUAUUCCGGAUAUGACGAAAGAUGGCGCUAAGCUAAAGAUGAGCGAUUGUGAUGAAAUCAAUACAUAUCAGCAGUGGGUGAUGCAAGAUUUCAACGAAACACAGGCUCGAAAAUAUGGGCUAUUAUGA